GCGCUGUGGCGGCUUCGCGGUGCACUCCGGGCAAUGACGUACCAGUUCUGCCUUUAAAUCAGCGUGUCAUCUCAUAGUGAGUUUGCUGUGUGGGUACCGCUAGGUCCAGUACUGAUCAUCUACGGCAGAACCAAACAUUUAACUAGUUUGUGAAAAUGGCUGAGAAUGGUGAUAAAGAACAAAUUUCCGACCUUGAAACGAAGAUCUGCCAACAAAUUGAGUACUACUUUGGUGACCAUAAUCUACCAAGAGACAAGUUCUUAAAAGAGCAGAUAACCCUUGAUGAUGGAUGGGUGUCACUUGAGACCAUGAUAAAAUUUAACAGGUUGAGCAAACUCACAACUGAUUUCAAGAUCAUUAUUAAUGCACUUAAAAAGUCAAAAAGUGAACUUCUGGAAAUAAACGAAGAGAAAUGUAAAAUUAGAAGAUCUGCUGAGAGACCUCUACCUGAAGCCACUGAAGAAUACAAAAAUGCAAUUAAAAACAGAUCGGUUUAUGUUAAAGGCUUUCCAACAGACACUUCACUAGAUGACGUAAAAACAUGGCUUGAAACGGGUGUUUCAAUUGAGAAUAUCCAGAUGAGACGAACACUUCAGAAAGUAUUUAAGGGAUCAAUUUUUGUAGUAUUUGACACUGAAGAAUCAGCAAAAGCUUUCUUGGAAAACAAAAAUCGGAAGUUCAAAGAUUCUGAUAUGAUUAUAAUGACAAAGGAAGAAUACUUUACAAAGAAGAAUGACGAGCGAAAACAAAACAAGUCUGAAGCUAAAGCAAAGUCCAAGCAUGAUAAAGAAGAAGCACAGAAGCAAGCUGAAGAUGCUGAAAUGGUAUGUAUAUGUAGAAAAUUCAAAGGAAAAGGAAGAGGGAGAGGAAAUGAAAGUUCACCCAAAAAGAAAAUACAGUUCCAGGGAAAGAAGAAAAAAUUUGAAAGCAGUGAUGAAGAAGAUUCUGGAAGCCCCCAGAAAGAGACAGGAAAAACAAAUGAUGCAAAGAAUGAACAAAAUGGUGCAGGAGCCCCUGGAAGUCCCAAAAAGAGGGCACUAGAGGAAAAGCCAGAUGAAGAGCCUGCAUCAAAACAGGCAAAAACAGAAGCCUGAACUGGGAACAUGUGUAUCAUGCUUUAACAAUGACACUGAUGCUCCUUUUUAAAAAGAAAAAAAUCAAUGGACAUGUAUAUUUUAAGUCUUCAGGUCCUGGAUAUCAGUUGAAAGAGAAUCUAAUGAAGUCCACUUCGAUGUCAACCUACAACAAAUGAAAACAUUUAUUUUUAUUAUUUUGCUUUUUGAGGUACAGUCCUAUACUGCACUUUUGGGGGGGUUUGUGUUGAAAAAAAAAUGAUUUUUUUUUCUUUCUAUUUGAGAAGUGAGGACAUAUUUACCCUUAAGCAAAAACCUCUUGACAUGUAACCAUGUAAAUGUCCAAUAAAACAAGUCUUUGUUUAUAGAAA